AUGAGGGUAAUGUUGGGUCAUGAGGAUGGAUGGCUUUGUGAGUGUCUAGAAGAAUUUGAGAAUGUUAGGAAGCCAAAUGAAAACAGAGGGAAAAAACAGUUUUGUAAUAAAUCCUCCCAUCAAAUUUUCCUCUUCAUGAAAUAUGCCGGAAAUUUACAAUCUUUCAGAGUUUUCGCCCCACAUGUUUUAAAGUUAAACUUAGUUUGUGUUUAUUCCGAUUAUGAACUGGGAGGUGUAGAUUUAGGGUGCUUUAAAAGAAAUUCAUCAGAAAAACAUACUGACCCUUAA